AUGUCUCAAGAAAUUCCUACCGAGCAAUGGGCCCAGGUGGUCGAGGCCAAGGGCGGACCCGUCGUCUACAAGAAAAUUCCAGUCCAGAAGCCCGGCCCGGACGAGGUCCUCAUCAACAUCAAGUACAGUGGUGUUUGCCACACAGAUCUUCACGCCAUGAUGGGCGAUUGGCCGCUACCCACAAAAAUGCCACUGGUUGGAGGCCACGAAGGCGCUGGUGUGGUUGUGGCAAGGGGCGAACUGGUCAAAGAUGUCGAGAUUGGCGACUACGCAGGUGUCAAGUGGUUAAACGGAUCAUGCAUGGACUGCUACUUCUGCCGGCAAGCAGACGAGCCUCUUUGCCCGGAGCCUCUCCUCUCUGGUUACACGGUCGAUGGUUCAUUCCAGCAAUACUGUAUCGCCAAGGCCAACCACAUUGCCCGCAUCCCCAAGGAGUGCGAUCUUGAAGCCAUCUCGCCAGUUCUGUGCGCUGGUAUCACGGUGUACAAGGCUCUGAAGGAGUCGGGCGUCAAGCCCGGCCAAUACGUGACCAUUAUCGGCGCCGGUGGCGGUCUGGGCUCCAUGGCCCUGCAAUACGCCAAGGCCAUGGGUAUCCACGCCAUUGCCAUUGACGGCGGCGAGGAGAAGCGCACGAUGUGCGUCGACAAGCUGGGCGCCGCGGCCUAUGUCGACUUUACCACGUCCAAGAACCUGGUGCAGGACGUCAAGAAGGCCACGGCCGACGGCCUGGGUCCCCACGGCGUUAUUGUGCUGGCCGUCAACGAGAAGCCCUUCCAGCAGGCCAGCGAGUACGUCCGCAGCCGCGGCACCAUUGUCUGCGUCGGUCUGCCGGCCAAUGCUUUCCUCAAGGCCCCCGUCUUUGACACCGUCACCAGAAUGGUCACCAUCAAGGGCUCGUACGUCGGAAAUCGCCAGGACACGGCCGAGGCCAUUGACUUCUUCCGACGAGGCCUGAUCAAUGCUCCCUUCAAGACUGUAGGACUCAGCGAGUUGCAGAAUGUGUACAAGAUGAUGGAGCAGGGACAGAUUGCCGGAAGAUAUGUUGUGGAUACUAGCAGAUAA